AUGGCGGCAACCGGAGCUCUCCCACAGACCCUCCAGUCCAUCACCGACAUUAAGAUCGGUGAGCUGUCGAAACAGCGCGAUCUGUUCAAAAAACAACACUCCGAGAUCCUUCGUGCGGCCGGUGACGCCGUCGACCUGCGCUCCAAGGCCCGCGUGUUGCUGGAGGGAGUGACCCGACUCAAAGGAUCCCCCAGCGAUGCGUUCGACAAGGAGGACCUGGACCUGGAUGUGAGCGACCGGCCCUCCAGGCCGCGGGAGUGGAGGAUGGAUCGGAACGUGCCGCGCACGUCAAUAUCCGUCGGUUUCUCCGGCAGAGUCGGUACGAUCCGUCGGUGUCGGAUCGGAGUCGCGCAAGUUCAAACCGAUUGUAGCCCAGUAGGCUCCGGGACCAGGAAUUUUAAUCUUUUUGUCGGCAGCAGCCGUUAUAGCAGUCGCUGGGUCGUUGGCUGUAGAGGCAGUUGUGAUAGCUGGAAGGUUCUGGGGACGCCUCGAGAUCUGGCCGCGUUGUGUCAUGUGGCAGAAACUGCAGGGCUACAUAGAUACCCAGUUGAAACUUGCCCGCGAAGGAGAGCAACCAACAUCCAGAUCUUGACCCGAACCCAAUAA